GCGAGACUAAAAAAUGACAGUGACAGUGAAAUUUCCAUAAAUAAAAUAAAUAUUAACAUUAUAAAAGUUGUGUAUUUUUAUUUAUUUAGAGAACUAUUAAUAAUUUACGUACGAUAUGAAAAUAAAUGAAAAAAAUCUGUGUGCUUUCGCAGUAUCGGCUACUCCAAUCGACAAAGAAGGAUAUUUAAAUAAAAGAGGGGAAGUAAAUAAAAACUUCCAAAGGCGGUAUUUUGUACUAAAAGGAAAUCUUUUAUUUUAUUUUGAUAAGAAAGGUGAUAAGGAGCCAGUAGGUGUAAUAAUACUUGAAGGUUGUUCAAUUGAAUUAGCAGAGGAUGAUGCCCAGUUUAGUUUCAAAAUAGAUUUUCAUGGAACGAAUAAUAGGAGCUACAUAUUGGGAGCAGAGUCUCAAGAGUCUAUGGAGCAAUGGAUGAAGGCUUUGGCUUGCGCUGGUUAUGAUUAUAUGAAACUCAUGGUUGCAGAACUUCAAAGGCAAUUAGAUGAUGUAGAAGAAACUCCAAUGCCCAUUUCAUCACCACAACCUGUUGGGUCACCUGUCCCACCACCUAGAACAAGACAUAACCCUUUUAAUAGACCAGAGAAUAACCCCCAUCAGAGAUCUCAUAGUUUAAGGUCUACAGGUUCAGCAGCAAGUCGGUUGGGUGAGAACAGACUCUCAGACAACAAUGCAGCAUCAUCUUCAUCUUCAAAAAUAACCAUAACCUUCCGUGAACUUCACAACUCGUAUGGUAGGCCAAUCUUAAAAGACUACAACUACUGGAAGUAUGAACAGAAGGAAAAAUCAGAUACUACCGAAAAUCUAAUAUCUUUUUAAAGAUGCCCAUAUUAGAAAUGUCCUGUAAAAUAUCUUCAUUCAGAAUAUCAAGAAAUGUGAUAGGAUGGGGGUUAUUCAAUAAUUGAAACUGAAAGUUGAGGUUAUUUCAUCAUAUACCUAUAAAUAAUAUAAUUAAUAUUUUUGGCAUUCGCAGAAAACACAUUUCUGAUUUAGUUUCAUUUUAUAUUAUAUAUUAAAUUUUCAAGGAAAUAUCAACAUUUUGAUCUCCUGCAAAAAGCAGGAAUUAAAAGUAAAUACCAAAUACUAAGUUUUUACUAUAUGGUAUAAGUUCUUAUUAUACUAUGUGUUCUUUUUUAAAUUAUAUUUUAUUAAGUUCUGUUUUUAUUGAAGAUUUAUGUAUAAUUCUGAUGACCAAAUAUUCUACUAUGUAGUGGUUUUAUCAGUAAACUUCUUUUUAGUUUUUUUUUUUAUUUUGCAUUUUGGAUUCCCAAAUUAAUUAUUUCGUUAAUAAUGCCAUUUCAGACUGAUUAUUAAUAUAGAUUUCAAUUUCAUAAGGGUAGAAAUCUUUUUGUAAUUGUCAUCUUAAUUUCGCAU